AAGAUAUGAAUACGGGAUCGCUCCGGUGGGUUAUUACCCAACAGUGCGGUACUGCAAUGAUUUAGUGAACGGACGGAAAAAAAAAGGUCUUAGGAAUAAGUUCGUUCGCUGGACUGCUCGAGCAGUUCGGUAGGAAGAAGACGGGUUCCGGAAUUUUCCGCUUUCGAAGAGAGGAAGGAAGGAAGAAGUUCUCACACUUUUCCUUUUUUUAUGGGGGGGUUUCCUUGCUUGAUAUUGUACGAGUACUGUAUCGUGCUUACCCUCACGAUUCCACCACACAUUUGCCAUUAUGGAUGCACUUGUCUAGGGCAAGCAGUAUCCGGGGACACAAGUUGUGAGUUUGUGCUGGCGCUCAGAUACGCACGGGUAUUUUACAAUAUAUUUUGCGAAUCCCUGUUUUCGGACACUUAUUGCCUGGGGCGAGUAUGAUAUCGUAUGGCACGGUACGAGUACAUUACCGUACCACCCAAUACCGAGGAAUAACAAAAGCACAAGUGAACACAAGUGAUCGGCGCCGGAAGUAUGGUUCUGUUGGCGCCAUUAAAAUCACUGAUAUCCCCACCCCCCCUCCACUACUUCCUCUACUCCACUCUACUCCACUCCCUUCCUCACUGACCCUCACUCACGAUACGGUAGUAACGUAUCCGGACACAUUGCCAGUACAACUGCCCCCUCCAUCCUCCGCUUCAGUAUUCUUGGGAGUUACGGUAUUGUGCGGUUGUAUUGUUUUGAGUUACGGAGACACGAUUGCGGCGGGAGCGGAAUCAGCAAUCUGUUCUUUUCUGUCCUUUCCCCCUUCUAAUACCUUGCUCAGUCACUCGAUUCCUUGAGCCACCCGCGAUUCCGAAUAGGGUUUUGGACAACCUGAUCACGGCCUCUCACCCGCAAGCACAAUCUCGGUGAUAAACCACAGACCGGGGCAAUGGUUAAAACAUCCGUCACAGGCAGCGUCCCUGAGCCUAGUAGUCCUUCCGGAGGACAGCAGACAGUCCCCUCAGAACUCCAACAAAUCCUGGCCAAAGCCCUUCUCCACCCCUCGUCCUCACCCUCCACCACACCAACAAUAACGGGCAUAACAGACCUCUCCACCUCCCAAACCACACGAACCUACAAUGCAUCAUACAAAAUCACUCUCUCAACCAACACCUCCUGCGUCCUGAAGAUCUCCCCAUCCCUCGAGACGCGCGUUCUCCGCUACGAGCGCAGCAUCCUGGAAUCCGAAGCGGAUAUUUUACGACUACUGGCACUGCUGGGCGAGAGGAAAGGCGGGGAGUUGGCGAACGUGACGAUACCGGAGGUGCUCUCCUACGACGACACCGGGAACAUCAUAGACUCACCAUACAUCCUACUAUCCUACAUCCCCGGCACAAGGUUCGACUCGGAAAGAGGGCGCAUGAGCAGCGAGCAAGUGGAGAGAGUGGAAAGGGGGAUGGGCCGAUACCUGCGCUCGCUCGCGGACGCCACCUCCCGACCGGACGGGACGGGGGGUGGAUUCGGUCGUGCCACGAGGAGCGCGAAGCGCUACCCCCUCUGGCGCGACGCCUUCACAGCGCUCGUGGAAGCCGUGCUGAGCGACGGGGAGGAGAUGCUCGUCCUAUUGCCCUACCAGGAGAUCCGGCUUCAGGUGCGCCUGUGGUCAUCCGCGCUCGACGAGGUGGUCGGGCCUUCCCUUGCCGUUCUGGAUUUCGAUGAUGGGGCUGUGCUGUUAGCGCCCGGGAGUCUGGAGAUGGUGGGCGCCGUGGACUUUGAGAGGGCCGGGUGGUAUGAUCCUUUGUUGUGCGCUGCGUGCUUGAGGCCUUCCCGCGCUUUCGUCGAGGGGUAUGGGGCUGAGGCGUUGGAGGUUGGGGGGGCGAAGGCUAGGAGGUUAUUGUACUCUUGCUACUAUGCUUGUGUCAAAGUUGUCAGCGCUUACUGUCGUGGAACUGGGGAUUGCGAUGAGAUGGAGGAACGGAAGAACCUGAUGAGUUCCCUGAAUGAGUUGGCGAAUUUGGCCGGGCAAUGA